AGACACGGGAAGUUCUCCUUAAGGAAUUUCUGACAGUAAUGGAAAACAUUGAGCCUCGAGACUGAAGUGUAGAAUAACCACAACUUGGCUUAUUUAAAAUAUAGGCGAGGUUCCUAUUAAUGUAUUAGGCUGACUCUUAAGACGGACACGAAGGUAACGGUACCGCACAUUAAAUGACUUCUGCGGACAAACCAAGUCACGUUAGAGAAGGAGGACACAGGAAUGGAGAGGGGACGGUUAAAGGAUUUGUCCGGAAAGUCCAUUCUCCACAUCCGUCCCUAAAUGAUUCACUGGAGGGAGACAUUCAAGCCUUCCUGAUUGAUGAUGACCUACUCCACACUUAUGACGACCUCACCAAAGUCAACCCAGUCACUCCUGCAACAGUGCUGAAAUGCCUCCAGGCGAGGUACAGGGUGAAGGUGUUCUACACACAUGCAGGCUGCACCUUAGUGGCCCUGAACCCCUUCCAGCCAAUCCCAGACCUCUACACCCCGGAUGUGAUGAAGGAGUAUCACUGCGCUCCUCAGCCACAGGAGUUCAAACCACAUAUCUUUAUUGUGGCAGAAGAAGCUUACAGGAACGUGCAGGGCCAGCUGGAGCCGGUGAAUCAAUCCUUGGUGGUCAGCGGUGAGAGCGGUGCAGGAAAGACAUGGACGUCUCGUUGCCUGAUGAAAUAUUACGCCACUGUGGCGGCCGCCUCCUCCGUGGUGAACAGUCAGGACACAGUGGAGAGGAUAGAAAGGAGGGUGCUGGACUCCAACCCCAUCAUGGAGGCUUUCGGCAAUGCCUGUACGCUGAGGAACAACAACAGCAGUCGUUUUGGAAAGUACAUCCAGCUCCAGCUAGACAGGUGUCAGCUGUUAGUGGGGGCGUCUGUACAAACGUACCUACUGGAAAAGACCAGGGUGGCCUGCCAACCUGUUAAUGAGAGGAACUUCCACAUCUUUUAUCAGAUGCUGAAGGGGGCCACAGAUGAGCAGAGAAAGGAGUGGAAGAUGCCACGUGGCCAACAUUUUGUGUGGCUGCCAAAUUCGGAAAAACCAGUAGAAGAGGAUUCCUUUCAGGAGACUGUCUUGGCAAUGGUUCAUCUGGGCAUCAAAGCAGAAAGGCAGAGGCAAUUAUUCAGGAUUCUAUCAGGGAUUCUGCAGCUGGGGAAUCUGGAUUUCUCUUCUUCAACGGAUGAAUCCAAGCCCUGUGACCUAGAUGAGCAGUCCAAAGACUUCUUGCAGAGGGCCGCUGAGCUGCUGUGCGUUCCUGCUGAGGAGCUUCUCAUGAGUCUAAGAGUGAGGACGCUGAAGGCGGGGAAGCAGAGCGUCAUCAAGCCCUGUCCCCGGUCAGAGUGCAGCAUGAGGAGGGACUGCCUGGCCAAGGUCAUCUACGCCCAGUUAUUUGAAUGGCUGGUUACAUUCAUCAACAACAGCAUACGUGCAGACAAAGCCACAUGGUGCAACUUUAUAGGAGUUCUAGAUGUGUACGGGUUUGAGUGUUUCCAGAUCAAUAACCUGGAGCAGCUGUGCAUCAACUACGCCAAUGAGAAACUGCAGCAGCACUUUGUGGCUCAUUAUCUCAGAGCUCAGCAGGAGGAAUACGUGUCAGAGGGGUUGGAGUGGUCCUUUGUCAAAUAUCAAGACAAUCAGAGCUGUCUGGAUCUUCUGGAGGGAAGCCCUGUCAGUGUCUUCUCUCUUCUCAAUGAGGAGAGUCGUCUUAAUCGAGCCUCAGACGAAAAGACGAUGAAGGUGCGUUUGGAGAAGGAGCUCAGUGAUAAUGCCAACAUCAGCUGGGACAAGUUCAGCAAACAGCCUCACUUCACUGUGGCCCAUUAUGCUGGCAAAGUCACAUACCAGAUCCAGGGGAUGGUGGAGAAAAACAAGGACCCGGUACCACCAGAGCUCAUCGAACUGCUGCAGAUGUCUGAAAACGCUCUGCUUCACCACAUCUUCACUGACAAGGAAACUGUUAGUCCAACCAGCAAGGGGCUCAGUAAAGUCACUGUGGUCUCCAAGUUCAAGAACUCUCUGGAGAGCCUGAUGAGGAUCCUCCACACCACCACUCCUCACUACACUCGCUGCAUCAAACCCAACCCCGACUGCAAGCCGCUGACCUUCAAAAAGGAGGAGGUCAUCAUGCAGCUGGAGGCCUGUGGGAUUGUGGAGACUAUUCAUAUAAGUGCUGCUGGCUUUCCAAUUAGAAUUCCUUUCAAAGGCUUCAUGCAACGUUAUGGACUGAUUGCAAAAUAUUCACAUUUCAAGUCAGGGAGUCAUUCUGUUGAUGCGGGAGCUGGCGACAUUCUUCGGCAAGGGGUGGAGAAUCUCCUCAGCGUCGUGUUACAGCAUGAAGCGUUCGACCCCUUGCGCAAACUCAACAGCGUGAAACACAAUUCAUGGGUUCACUGCGGGAGGACUAAAGUUUUUCUCACCCAGCUAAUGUUAGAAUUUCUGGAGUACCAGAGGAAGAAGAUCCUGUCUCAGUGUGCCUUCUCCAUUCAGUGCUGCUGGCUGCGGUACCAACGCCGCAGACACCGCGCUCGCCUGCUGUCUGCCACUCUGAUCCAAGCAGUGGUGCGGUCCUGGCUGGUCAGGAGGCGGCUCCAGAGAUGGAACAGAGCAGCUGCAGUCAUCCAGAACACCUGGAAGAAGUGGAGGGCAAUAUUAAAAGCCUUGGCUGAGAGAGAACUGGAUGAUGCAAAGGACCUCAUGGAGGCGGACAGGCCAGAAUUGAACCCCAUCAUCAAGGAGCGGGGCUCCGUGCAGCUUUCCUCCAUCCAGGAGCCCGUCACAGUGCGAGGCUGGCCCAUGGGCCUGGCUCUGGCCUCAGCCCCGUCCAUCACCAUGUCCCUGACUGCCACAGGAUUCCAGAAGAUGGUGUCUGUGAUGGCCUCCCUCAACCUGCCCUCCCGGAGAGGGGAUUACAAGUUGGAGCCCAACCAGUACUCGCAGGAGCUCGCUUCCAUACGGGCCCAACCCAAGGGAUCUGUAAAGCUGCACUAUCAGCGGUCUCCACUUCUCUACGCUGACAGGAAGCCCGACAUAAAGAGUGACAUGAGCGGGUUCAACGCCAUCCUGCUUGAGAAAACGUUGUAACAGCUCUGUCUUUUGCUGAACACUAAUGUCUGAUUACUUGCACACAGAUUAAGGACAAUCUGGCACAACUGUGCUUUUUCAGUGAAGCAUCUGGUCUUCCAUAAUGUGAGACAGAGGGAACAAACCUGGCAUUUUAAUUCUGGCAUUUAGUUAAAAAGUGUUUAAAGGGACCAUUAUCAGCUUCAACUUUUUAAAUGAUGCCAAAGUUGAUCUCACUCGUUGUUAUACACAGCUGCAAAUAUCUGCCACGCAUGCACCGCAGUGAUAUUUUGAACUACCAGGAUGUCUGGUAAAACAAUGUAGUGUGCUGUGAACCGGACCUUAUUAAGGUCUGUAGUCACAAUCAGACUACAGUGACUAAAAAGAAACAUUGACCUGUCACAUUUGAGAUCAGCAAAUAGAAGACCAUGAUGAACAGAGUUGUGAUUUUGAUAAUGUCACUGCAGGACAAGACAGAAUCUUUUUUAUUGGUCUUUGUCCCUCUCUUGAGAACUGUUAUUUCAUAGCACAACCUUUACACCUUUAAAAAAAAAAACAGACUGCAGGAUUUCUAUUAUUGAUGCCUCUUCAGAACGUUUGACUGUUGAUCAAAGUAUUUGGACUUUGAAAAGUGCCUCUUUUAUAAGCUACACUCAAAUCAUAGAUGGUCUUAUUUAUUUAAGGGUGAUUAUUUAUGUGUGAUUUGUAUAGAUUUAUUUUGGGUGUAAGAACACAUGGGUCGGAUGCACAUAUCCGAUUUUAUUAGAACCAGCAUUUACUUUGAAAUUAAUUUAUGCUUUAAAGAAGUAAAGUAUUGCACACUAAAGCACAUAUUGCACAUUAAAACCAUGUGUCUGCUCACAUGCAGCAACACACAACAAUUAAUGAACAAGCAGACACGUCACUUAUGUGACACAGGGAAGGAAUAAACCCAGGUUUAUUCAAAUUGCUGCUUUUUUUUCAACAAGGGUCUUUCUUAUAGGCACAUCUGUCAAAUGUUUGGCCAAAACACUGUGUGGAUAUGGUCCGCUGCAGAAAGUCCUGCAACACAAUACCAAAGUGUUGUACUCCUAAGGUUUUGUCUCGGAGAAUUAUCAUCAAUGCCCUCUAGUUUUACUAUAUUCUUUUUCAAAACGUAUUUUGUUUUUUAAAGUAACAUGACAAAAUUGCAUUCAUGUAACUAACAUUGAUGUUUAAUACCAUUCAAGCUUUUGGGUAGAAGGACAGCUCUUUUGUUAUAUUUGAUAUCAUUUGAUGACUCAAUAAUGUCUUCUAACCUGUUUCCAGCUGUUGAUUUACUUAAAUGUAACUAUAAAAAAGGAUAUUGUUUGUCAGUGGUACCAAGGGAUCAAUGUAUUCAUUUGAAAUAUUAAUAUUUAAAUGACUUGUUGAAAUAAAACACUAUGCAUUUUCCUUUCA